CUCUUUAUGAUUCUCAGAUCAGUUAUUGAAUCCUAAUCUCAUAUGUGACCGAGCAGAGAGUCACUCUCGUUGAAACAUGUCUUCGUCCGUGUCGACCACGGUGGACGGCGUGGUGGUGGUCACCCAUGUGCACCCAGCACCUCAGGGUGCAGGACCCCAACACGGUACGACCCUCCAGAGGUUCAGCAGGAGUCAGCCGCUGGUGCUCGGGACUGUUCAGAUUAUGAUCGGCCUGAUCAUUCUGCUCUUUGGGAUCGCGAUGACAGUUUAUGCGGAUUCACGUGGAGUUUUCUCCGUCAUUUUCGUCUGGGGAGCUGCGUUUUACAUCAUCGCUGGAUCUCUGACUGUGGCUGCUGGGAAAUAUCUGACCCGCUCUCUGGUGAACGCUGCUCUGGUUCUCUGUGUGAUAGCAGCAGUUGCUUCCGCCACUGGGACCAUCCUCUACUCUCUGGAUGCCACAGGGGUGAUGUGGUAUUGCUACAACGGUUAUGACGGGCGAAAUGACUGCUACAGAUAUAAGACUCGGAUGCACGGCGUUUCGGGGGCCUUGGCUGUUUUCAAUUUACUGGAGCUCAUUGUCUCAAUCACCAUCGCAGGAUAUGCCUGCAGCGCUACUUGCAACUGCACCCAAGAGCCGCCGUCAGUUGUUUAUGUACCUGCAGCUUCCGUAGGAGCACGAGAUGCACCCAGCGCCCAGGAGGCAAUUGGCGAUGCGAUUGACUUCUGCUCACAGAUGCUGGAAAACUCUUCCGCCAUGCUGGACAACUCUUCCGCCAUGCUGGACAACUCUUUCGUCAUCUGAAGAAACCGACCGUCCUGCUCCGAAAUAACCUGACAACAUUAUGACCGACCAUCUCCCCAAAUCAACUUUUCAUGCACAUCUGAAAACCGUGUAUUAAAAUGUUUUCAAUGUUUUUUUUUGUAUGUUGCUUGCUUGCUACUCAGACAGAGACAGAGCGUUUCUAUGGAGACAUCCAUUAUGUCUUUGAGAUGAUGACACGCGAUGCUAAGAGUUAGAUACAUCACUCUGACCAGGCUAGGGAGGUUUUUGGGGACACCAUGCACUGACCACUUGUUGAUCUGUGUAACGAAACAGAAAUCUCCUCAAUAUAUUUGGCUCUUGUAAUAAAUACUUCUGCUCAAGA